UUUACUGUGUGUGUCUACCGCACCUAGACCAUCACCGCAUCUCUCUCUGUCGCGCGCGCGUUUCAGCGGAGAUUCUCGGCCCGGAGGAAGACCUGACGGGCGUCACGAUAGAGGAAGACGACGCCGAGAAGGAACUACAGGUGGCGCUACACAAGGCGCGCAAGAUGAAGCAGACAGAGAGGGCGCCGACGGCACGGUUAGAGCAGCUUGCUGAAGAGAUGCGGAUAAGGAGUGCGGAUGCGGCAGCAGCGGAAGCUGUCGCCGACGACGACGACGACGACGCCAUGGCGACGGCUGAUGCUGCUGGUCUUCUCAACAUCACGUUGAACUCCACGUCGGAGUAUUGCCGUACCCUGGGCGACAUCCCCACGUACGGGCAGGCCGGUAACCGCGACGACGACCCAGAUGAACUACUGGACUUUGAGCGAGAGUUGAAGGAGCAGAGACGUCAGCAGCAUUUAGAAGAUGAACAGAAAGCUACGGGAUGGGAGGAGGUGCAGAUAGAUAGCAAGCCUGUAGAGAUCAAGGAUGAGGAUGUAAAUGUACUGGAUGAGGAGCCAGUAGCAGCUGCCGGCAUUGCUGCUGCUCUCGAACUCGCAAAGAAAAAAGGUUACCUGGAGGCCAGCGGAGAGAAGGAUGCUGGGGUGACGCGUAUGUCACAUCUACAGGCUCAACGCUACACAAUAGAGGAACGCUCCUCAUAUGACAUAGAGGACAAGCAUGCGCGGCGCGACCGCUACGCCGGUCCCGUCACGGACUUCCGCGAGAAGUCGAGCUAUCGGCCGGACGUGCGUCUAACCUACAUUGACGACUCGGGAAGACACCUGAACCAAAAGGAAGCCUUCCGCUUCCUCUCCCACAAGUUCCACGGGAAGGUGUCGGGCAAGAUGAAGACGGAGAAACGCGCGAAGAAGGUGGAGGAUGAGCUGCUAAUGAGGAAGAUGAGUUCGACGGACACGCCCCUGAACACACUCAGCCUGCUGCAGGACAAGCAGAAGUCUACACAGUCUGCCUUCAUCGUGCUGAGCGGCAGCGGCAAGGGAGUCAACGUGUAA